CACUGGCACAGGUCCUUCAAUACCAAGCUGCAUGCAGAUGUCAGUAUCCGUCUUGGCGAUAUUGAACUUCCGGCACAUGGCAUCGUGCUCGCCUCCCAGAGUGAAUAUUUCAAGAAGGCUUUGCAGUCUUCUAUGAAAGAGGGCAUCGAGAAGAAGUUUGAGUUUAGCGAGGGUAGCAUGCAUGCGCACUGGAGGAUGUUUGAGUACAUCUACAGAGGACGAUACUGUCACGACGCCGAACCACUGCUGGGCUCGAUAGACCUCUUAAAAGACAUCCGCGUUUACCAGCUAGCAGAUUACUUUCAAAUCCCGAAUUUGAAGAAUUACGCAAUGCGAAGCCUCAAGUUGAGAUUGAAGAAACUAUACGUCAGCGAGAACUUUGUUGGUUGCAUACGAGAGGUGUAUGGGAUGUCGAUCGAGGUAAGCCACGACAUGAGGAAGGAGAUUUCGGAUAUUGCGCGAACUCAUUUGACGGAGCUUUGGGACAAGAAGUCUUUCCGCGCACUCCUUCGUGAGGGAGGAGAUUUUGUAAUGGACAUACUGAAAGUCGUAGCCGCUGAUGGUUAUCAAUAA